UGGAGCCAUCUUCGUCACUCUACGUUGUCUCUGUCUCUUUCUAAUUCGUCAUCCGACCAUUGCCUAGAAAGUAGAAAGUGAAUACCGCUUUUGUUUUUUAAUAAGGUUUUUCCCUCUUUGGCUUUUUGUCGAUACUUUCAACCCCUGAUUCUUGCGCAUCACGCUGGAUCCUUGCCAAAAGGAAGUAACAUAUGACUCGAUCUCUGUUUCGUAUGGAUAUAUAGAACUAUAGAAGCUGAAGAUUCUCUUCGUUCUUCACUUGGAUUGAGCUAUACCUCGCUGUUGUUAUACCACACCCAUCAUUCAAGCUUUUUGAAUCAUGGGUUUCUUAGCUAACUUGUUCUUGCAUGACCCUUCUUCUUCCUCUGUGAGCUCUGCUGCUCACUUUCUCCUUGAACCCAUUUUAGCUCAUGGCUUGUCUGGUUUGGCUCACUUGGUUUUGUUGCUUGUUCUAUUCGUCUCAUGGGUUUGCUUUAAGCUGAAGGCAGGCUAUGGGGGAUGUCAAAGAGAGACGAGGUGUUUGUACUUUAAGGGAAUGUUCAUAUGCUGCCUCGUUAUCUCUGUUUUCAAUCUUGUUUUGUUUUCUCUUGGCUGCUUUUACUGGUAUAGAAAUGGAUGGUCUGAUGAAAAUAUGGUGACCCUUUUGGAUUUUGGGUUGAAAGCACUUGCAUGGAGCACGGUUUCCUUUUGUUUACAUUCUCAUGUUUCCAAAACUGGAAAGGCCAAGUUUGCUAUUCAUAUUCAUUUGAGAGUCUGGUGGGUUUCUUACUUAGCUGUUUCUUGCUACUGCCUUGCUGUGGACUCAGUUCUUUAUGGACAAACUCAUUUCCUGUCCAUUAGAUACUUGGUUUCUGAUGUUAUGUCGGUUGUCUCUGGUUUGUUGCUCAUAUAUGUUGGGUUCUUUCGGAAGAGUGUGAGUGAACAAGACCCUCUCGAAGAACACCUUUUAAAUGGUGAAACAAGCUCAACUACUCUCAGUAAUGGCAGCGUCGAUGGCAUCGUCGAGCCGAAGAACUUGAAAGGAGAUGAAACUGUGACCCCUUAUGAGACUGCUGGAAUUUUCAGUAUUCUUUCAUUCUCUUGGAUGGGCUCUUUGAUUGCAGCUGGAAAUAAAAAGGCAUUAGACCUUGAGGAUAUUCCUCAACUUGCAAGCUGUGAUGCUGUUUCUCGGACCUUUCAUAUUCUCAGAAACAAGCUUGAGUCGGAGUGUGGAACAGUUAACAGAGUCACCACUUUUUCUAUGGUCAAGGGUUUACUCUACUCAGCUUGGAAAGAAAUAACCUUAACUGCUGCUCUUGCAUUCAUUUACGCAUUGGCUACUUAUGUUGGCCCCUAUCUUAUUGACACUUUUGUUCAAUAUCUCAACGGGCAGCGAGAUUUCGAAAGUGAGGGCUAUGUUUUGGUCUGUGUUUUUUUCCUAGCGAAACUCGUGGAGUGUCUCGCAAAGAGGAAUUGGUUCUUUAGGGUACAACAAGUCGGAAUAAGGAUUCGAGCAGCAUUGGUUGCAAUGAUCUACAACAAGGGUCUGACUCUUUCUUGCCAGUCGAGGCAACAGCAUACAAGCGGAGAGAUCAUCAACUUCAUGACUGUAGAUGCCGAGCGGGUCGUUGAUUUCAGUUGGUAUAUACACGAUGUUUGGCUGGUGGUUUUGCAAGUUGGAUUGGCCUUGUUGGUUUUGUAUAAGAAACUUGGUCUUGCUUCCAUUUCAGCUUUUGUUGCAACUAUAGCUGUUAUGUUGAUAAAUAUCCCAUUGGGAAAGUUGCAGGAGAAGUUUCAGGACAAGAUAAUGGAGUCAAAAGACCAAAGGAUGAAGGCUACAUCUGAAAUCCUGAGAAAUAUGAGGAUUCUUAAGCUUCAGGGAUGGGAGAUGAAGUUCCUAUCUAAGAUAUCCGAACUUCGGAACAUCGAGGCGGGAUGGUUAAAGAAGUUCCUUUAUACAUUGUCAGCUACGACGUUUGUCUUUUGGGGUGCACCAACGUUUGUGUCUGUGGUCACUUUUGGGACAUGUACGCUUGUGGGGAUCCCAUUAGAAUCUGGCAAAGUAUUAUCCGCGCUUGCAACGUUUAGGAUUCUUCAAGAACCAAUCUACAAUCUUCCUGACACGAUCUCAAUGGUUGUUCAAACGAAAGUUUCGCUUGAUAGAAUAGUGUCGUUCCUUCGUCUUGACGACUUGCAAUCUGAUAUUAUAGAGAGGCUUCCAAGGGGGAGUUCUACUACAGCAGUUGAGAUUGUCAAUGGGAACUUUUCGUGGGAUGAUUCGAGUUCUUCGAACCCGACGUUGCAAGAUAUCAAUGUCAAAGUGGAACAUGGCAUGAGAGUAGCUGUUUGUGGUACGGUUGGGUCAGGCAAGUCCAGCUUGCUAUCUUGCAUUUUGGGAGAGGUACCUAAACUAUCAGGGAACCUGAGGGUGUGUGGUAGUAAGGCUUAUGUAGCUCAGUCGCCAUGGAUACAGAGUGGAAAGAUUGAGGAGAAUAUACUUUUUAGCAAAGAAAUGGACAGAGAAAGGUACAAGAGAGUUCUUGAAGCAUGUUGUCUAGAAAAGGACCUUGAAAUUCUUGCAUUCGGCGACCAGACGGUAAUAGGAGAAAGAGGAAUCAAUUUAAGUGGUGGACAGAAGCAAAGAGUUCAAAUUGCUCGAGCCUUGUACCAAGAUGCUGAUAUUUACUUGUUUGAUGAUCCCUUCAGUGCAGUUGAUGCUCAUACAGGUUCUCAUCUCUUCAAGGAAUGUCUCCUUGGUGUUCUGAAUUCAAAAACAGUCAUUUAUGUCACUCAUCAAGUAGAAUUUUUACCAGCUGCAGAUCUUAUCUUGGUCAUGAAAGAUGGAAAAAUUGUUCAAGCUGGAAAGUACGAUGAAAUUCUUCGUUCUGGAACCGACUUUAUGACACUCGUUGGCGCACACGAGGAAGCAUUAUCCACCAUUAAUUCUGUGGAAGGAGAUGCUUCUGGAAAAUCUGCAAGCAAAGAAGAUGGGUCUAUGAGUAAUACUAAUGGCAUUACAUAUGAGGAAGAUAAAACAGAUAUACAAGAUGGAAAGGGAGUUGACGAAACUAAGUCAAAAGGGCAGCUUGUACAAGAAGAAGAAAGAGAGAAAGGAAAAGUUGGAUUUCCAGUGUACUGGAAAUAUACCAAGUAUGCUUAUGGUGGAGCUCUUGUGCCUAUUAUAUUGCUUGCUCAGGUUCUCUUUCAGAUUCUCCAAAUUGGAAGUAAUUACUGGAUGGCAUGGGCUACUCCUGUUUCAGAUGAUAUGGAGCCUCCUGUUUCGACCUCUCGAUUGAUUAUCGUCUAUGUUGCUUUGGCCAUUGGAAGCUCUUUGUGUGUCUUCUUGAGAUCAGCCCUUCUUGUGACGGCUGGUUUUAAAGCAGCAACUGAACUCUUCGUUAAAAUGCACACGAGCAUCUUUCGGGCUCCCAUGUCGUUCUUCGAUUCUACUCCGAGUGGAAGAAUCCUCAAUAGAGCCUCCACAGACCAAAGUGCCAUUGAUAUGGAUAUACCAUUUCGAGUUGGGGCCUUCUGCUUCAGUCUGAUUCAAAUCCUAGGAACCAUUGCAGUAAUGUCUCAAGUUGCAUGGCAGGUUUUCAUUAUCUUUAUCCCUGUGAUGGCUUUAUGCAUCUGGUAUGAGCAAUAUUAUAUUCCAUCAGCACGAGAGCUAUCCCGGUUGAUUGGAGUAUGCAAAGCUCCAGGGAUUCAACUUUUCUCCGAAACGAUUUCUGGAUCAACAACUAUUAGAAGCUUUGAUCAAGAGUCAAGAUUCCAGGACACCAAUAUGAAACUGACAGAUGCAUACUCUCGACCCAAGUUCCACACAGCUGCAGCAAUGGAAUGGCUCUGCUUCCGUCUAGAUUUAUUGUCUUCGAUCACGUUCGCCUCGUCUUUGAUUUUCUUGGUAUCUAUCCCUGUGGGAGUCAUUGAUCCAGGCAUUGCUGGCUUGUGUGUAACCUAUGGACUUAACCUCAAUAUGUUGCAAGCUUCGCUAAUAUGGAACCUUUGCAAUAUGGAGAACAAAAUUAUAUCAGUGGAGAGAAUAUUUCAAUAUACUUCAAUCCCUAGUGAGCCACCUCUAGUUGUCGAGGAAAACCAACCGGAUAGUAGCUGGCCAGCGUUCGGAGAAGUUGAACUUCACAACCUGCAGGUUCGCUAUGCACCUCAGCUACCUCUUGUGUUGCAAGGUAUUACAUGCACUUUUCCAGGAGGAAAGAAAACAGGCAUUGUUGGGAGAACAGGAAGUGGCAAAUCAACUCUAAUACAGACACUUUUUCGGAUAGUCAAUCCCGUAGCAGGUCAUAUUGUGAUAGAUAACGUCAACAUAACAACGAUAGGACUUCAUGAUUUGCGGUCAAAACUCAGUAUCAUCCCUCAGGAUCCUACUAUGUUUGAAGGCACUGUGCGGAGCAAUCUCGAUCCCCUUGAAGAAUAUGCAGAUGAAGACAUUUGGGAGGCACUGGAUAAAUGCCUACUUGGAGAUGAAGUGAGAAAAAAGGAAGGAAAGCUGGAUUCAGCAGUUAGUGAGAAUGGAGAGAAUUGGAGCAUGGGUCAGAGGCAGCUGGUUUGCCUUGGUCGAGUGUUACUAAAGAAGAGUAAGGUGUUGGUCCUUGAUGAAGCUACUGCGUCCGUCGAUACAGCUACGGAUAACUUGAUUCAACAGACUCUACGACAACAUUUUUCCGACUGUACCGUCAUUACUAUUGCACACCGAAUAACCUCAGUCCUUGACAGUGACAUGGUUUUGCUUCUAAGUCACGGACUCAUUGAGGAGUAUGACACCCCCACAAGAUUGCUAGAAGAUCAGUCAUCCUCGUUUUCUCAACUAGUUGCAGAGUACACGCAAAGAUCGGGUUCUCAAUGAAAGCCAUGGCAGAUGAUAGGAUCGUUAACGGACCCUUUUAUUACAUCCGCCUCUACCAAAUUUUGGAACUUUCUAUACGUUUAACUACAUAAAGAUCUCAGGUUCUCAGUCCAGCUCUUCUUGAUUAGCUGUUAUUAGUAUCACUAGCUGUUUAUGUGUAACUUUACGAAGACUUGUGAUGGCUACAAAGAACUAGUGUAUCAUUUCCCUAAAGAUGAAUGAGCCAUUUUGAUUUAGAUUGAUACUAA